UGAAUCCGCCACCUCCAAAAACCUUUGCCUCCAUAAAUCCUAAAUCAUGAUCAUCCCCUCCGCCACUAAAACUAAAACCAAUGCCAUUCCUCACCGCGAACGAGCUCGGGUUCCUCCUCGAAUCCGCCAUCUCCACUCGGUCCCUCCUUUUCGGCCGAGCCACUCACGCCCACACCCUCAAAACUCUUCAAAUCCCUCUCCCUUCUUUCCUCUCCAACCACCUUAUCAACAUGUACUCUAAACUCGAUCUCCCUAACGCCGCCCACCUCGUCCUCUUACAAACCCCACCUAAGUCUCGUUCCGUCGUCACAUGGACAGCUCUCAUUUCUGGUCAUGUCCAAAACGGCCUCUUCACUCCCGCUCUCCUCCAUUUUUCCUGCAUGCGAAGUGAAGGAAUAUCUCCCAACGAUUUCACCUUUCCUUGCGCUUUCAAGGCCUCCGCCUCGCUUCAGCUAGCCGUUGUGGGGAAACAACUUCACGCGCUGGCUUUAAAGUCUGGUCAGAUUUUCGAUUCCUUUGUUGGGUGUAGUUGUUUCGAUAUGUAUAUGAAAACGGGGCUUAGAAAUGAAGCAACAAAAUUGUUCGACGAAAUGCCUGAAAGAAGUAUUGCUAUGUGGAAUGCAAAUAUUUCUAAUGCAGUGCUUGAUGGGAAGUCGAGUACAGCUGUGGAUGUUUUUAUUCGGUUUAGAAGGAUUGGCGGUGAACCUGAUCCGAUUACGUUCUGCCUUUUCCUUAAUGCAUGUUCGGAUGCUUCUUAUUUGGAAUUAGGGAGGCAGUUACAUGGAUAUGUGAUUCUAAGCGGUUUUGAUAGGAAUUUGUCCGUCUGCAAUGGCCUUAUUGAUUUUUAUGGCAAGUGUAAGGAGGUGGAAGACGCGAGGAUGGUCUUUGAUGAUAUGGAGAAAAGAAAUGCUGUUUCCUGGUGCUCACUGAUAUCUGCUUAUGAGCAAAACUAUGAAGAAGAGAACGCCUGUGGAAUGUUUUUGGAAGCAAGGAAAGAAGGGGUUGAGCCGACUGAUUUCAUGGUCUCGAGUGUUAUCAGUGCUUGCGCGGGGAUGGCAGGGCUUGAGUUCGGUAGAUCAAUUCACGCACUUGCUGUUAAGGCUUGUGUCGAAGGGAAUGUUUUCGUCGGGAGUGCAUUAGUCGAUAUGUAUGGUAAAUGUGGAAGCAUCGAGGACUCGGAGCAAGCUUUUUAUGAUAUACCGGAGAAGAAUUUAGUUAGUUGGAAUGCAAUGAUGGGUAGUUAUGCUCAUCAAGGGCUUGCCGACAUGGCUUUAUCAUUGUUUCAAAACAUGAUAUCUUGGGGUCAAGUUGUUCCCAAUUAUGUGACUUUGGUUUGUGUAUUAUCAGCUUGUAGUAGAGCAGGGGCAGUAAAAAUGGGUAUGGAGAUUUUCGAAUCAAUGGAGGAAAAUUUUCGGAUUCAACCAGGGGCAGAGCAUUAUGCUUGUGUCGUGGACUUGCUUGGGAGAGCUGGGAUGGUUGAGCAUGCUUAUGACUUCAUUAAGAAAAUGCCGAUUUGUCCGAAAAUUUCCGUCUGGGGUGCUCUUUUAAAUGCCUGUAGGGUGCAUAAAAAACCGAAACUGGGGAAGAUAGCAGCUUCUAAACUAUUCGAACUCGAUCCUAAGGACUCCGGUAACCAUGUGUUGCUAUCUAAUCUAUUUGCAUCUACGGGCAGGUGGGAGGAGGCUGAUCUUGUGAGGAAGGAAAUGAAAGAUAUUGGAAUCAAAAAGGGUGCAGGUUGCAGUUGGAUCACAGUGCAGAACAAAGUUCACAUCUUCCAAGCAAAGGAUACUUCACAUGAAAUUAAUUCUAAGAUUCAAGAGAUGUUGUCUAAACUCGGGAAUGACAUGAAGGCGGCCGGCUACGUUCCGGACAUCGAUUUUGCACUCUUUGAUGUAGAAGAAGAAGAGAAAAUGUCAGAGGUCGGGUACCAUAGUGAGAAAAUUGCUCUUGCCUUUGGGCUUAUAGCUAUACCUCCUGGAGUACCUAUAAGAAUCACAAAGAACCUUAGAAUCUGUGGAGAUUGUCAUAGUGCCUUCAAGUUUAUAUCAGGCAUUGUUGGGAGAGAAAUUAUCGUGAGAGAUAAUAACCGAUUCCAUCGAUUUAAGGACGGGCAAUGCUCUUGUAGAGAUUAUUGGUGAAUAUUGUUUA